GUGCCGGUCUGGGGGAGGUGGCAGUUCUGCUAACGGCAGUUUGAUACAACGUAGAUAUUCACGAAGGUGAGGUCCCCGUGAUGCAAUGCAGAGAAGGUGCCGAGUUAUGCUCUUAAGGCGGCGGAGGAAGAGUACAAAGAGUGUGAGGGUCAUCGAGUCCUUCGGACCGCUCCUGAUUUUGUCCACCACCGUCACAAUCACCACGCCCCGAUCAAAGCAUGACAUCCCUCAAUAGACUUACCAGCGCGGCGUUGCUAGAGACUCCCGUCAAAGUCUUGAGGACAGCCUCAGCACCUCACCAUGAAGUGCUAGGAACCUAUAUCUGUGAUCACAAUGGCCAUGUACAGGAGUCUUUCGGCCGCUUGGCACCCACGGCCGCUGCCCAAAUCUGCCUCAAUCGAGGUGUCCGUUUGUCGUUUGAGCCACAUUCCCUUCCAUCGUACGCCAACAUUCUGACCAACUGGGGCUUCAAUGCCUACUUCGAUAAGUUUGACGACGGCAACAUCGCGGAGCUGUUGACUCUUUUUCCGUGUUCCAAUGUGGUUUUCCUGCCUCUUGGACCCACUCAACCCGCUAUGCAGUCGGUGUGCCUGCUAGAGAUGAGCGUCGGCGAUCGCAUCAUUGGCGUUGCCAUUACUCAGGCUGACUACCUCGGAGAAGCCCUCAGCAUAAGCACCAAUCACGUGCCAUGGCGCUGUCUCCAUCCUCGGGCUGACGUGCGUCUAUGUGCCUUAUUCACCCUACAAGGAGCGACCAAAUCUCUCAGCAACGGGCCGCCGCUUCUCAGAUCGGCGAUCGACGUCGACAGUAUAGUGGAGCAGGUUGUAGUCAACUUCGAACAAUCCUUGAAGCACACCCCUGCCGUUGAUCACUGGGACGACUUCUCGGACAGUCAUGAUACUGCCGGCGUGGGCGCUCUCCAAGGCAGGCGCAGAUUCGCAGCAACAGUCCGCAAUUUCGUCGUGAAGGGACAGCCCAUCCCCUUCGUACUUCCUGCUUUCCCUUGUAAGAGCAGCAACAAGGACAAGAUUAGCGGCCAUCUGCCCGACAAAGGCGAAGAUCUUGCUGCACAGACGCUUUGCCUCUUCGCUCGAGGUGUGCAGGACGUCUAUCUACCAGGCGCCAUUAUCCAUAUCGUCAGCGAUGGUCACACUUUCUCGGACUUAAUCGGUGUCGACGACGCAGUGGUUGACGAAUACACUGCAGCUCUGAAGCUCAUCUUUAAGCGGCACGACCCGACUGGCUCCAUCUUUCGCUUUCACGGUUUGGAUGAUCUGCUUUACACUUCGCCAUUUGGGAUAGAGACACGCCAUGGAUUUCAGGGCACCGCCUUGCCCGAUCUCAUGCGCCUUGCACUCAGCGCUUUGUGGGGUCCGGAGAACAUGUCCCAAAUGGACGCUUCCAUAUUGAAGCAGUGUCAAGGGCUCUCCCGUUUCCUUCUCAAAGACCUGGAGCAAGUGGACAGCCUUCAGCAUCUCAGCAAGUCUCAGCGCAAAAGGCACGCCAUGGAAGCCGCUAAAGUCAUGGUUGCACGCAACGAGGCUUACUCGAAGCUUGUCGAAAUAUCCUUUCCUGCGGCAGUCCGGCUCAGCAUUCACCCCCACAACAACAGCGGACCCAAGUACGGCGUUACGCUCAUCCAUCCUAAUUUUCGCAGCUCUUCCCUUUUCGGAAAAGGCGGAGAUCUUAUCUCGGACCAGUCUAUGGGUCACACACCUACGCCAUGGCACAAUGUGACCCUCCUGGUAGAGGUGGAGGAAAAGGGAAGCCCACGCUUUGCUUUCAUGCAUCGCACCAAGCUCAUGGACCAUCAGCCAAGUCCUGCUCAUCACCUCGUCUGGGUCCCCAUGCGCUGGGACGAGUCUGAAGAAGGAGCAACCGGGCUGAGCGAUGGAGGGUACUUUUGCUUCCAGCGAGCAGAGGUCUGAGGCUGAGUUUGGGGCAAGAGCCGCAGGAGGUGAGGGAUGCCAAUUAGUCGGAUCUCCUCCACUUUUCGCUAAGCCGCGGCUUUCAUUUUCUUAUCUCAUAUCGUUCAAUAGCGCAGGAAUCGUGGGCAAAACGGCGCCGCUGACGGGACCAAAGCGUGGUCAGACUUUAGAGUUGUCGGCAGCAGUCUUCCUUUCUUGGGAGCAGCAAGGCAGAGAGUGGGAGCAACAGACCUUAAUAUCAUUUUUAUCAUCAUACGUAAAUGCUUUGAGCCAUGACGGAUACACUACCCGCAAGUAAUAUUUCCGAUUUUAGAAUGCAAUUCCCGCCAGUGUCAUAGGUGUCAUGUCCUUGGACCACUCACCCUACUUUGACGGUCCAAGAACGCGACGCGCAGCUGAUAUUGGCAAAGGUACACCUGGAU